GAGGAAGUCUCGUUGUAUCGCGAGAGUUGUGUGCGCAGCAGAGAAGCGGACCGACUCCAUGAAGCGGCGCUGAAACAACAUGAAUUUCAGCUCCACUGUCCGGUGACUGCUCUCUCAGCGCUUCACGACCUGCCGACGGCCCGUCCGGACCUCCCACAUGGAUUUGAAUAAAGUGAGCCGCUCUCCUCGAGAGGAGGGCGAGCUCGAAGACGGAGAGAUCUGCGAUGAUGAAACCGAGGACAGUGUGCCGAUCCGGCGGGGGGAUGGUAGCAGGCCGGGCCGCGGCGCUCCUCCACGGACACGGAAAGCUCACCACCAUCCGCACAACAUGCUGCCACACAUGGCCCACCAGCCGCCAGACUUCCGCCUCUUGGUGCCAUACAACCGACCUCACGGACACGGCCCCGUCCUCCCGAGCCACCGGCAGCAGUGCGGCCCGAGCGGGCCCGACCGGCCUCCCGCUCCCUCCCCUCCGCCGCUGCUGCUGCUGCCGCCGCCGGGACUCGGUCCUCACGGAGAGCCGAGCCCGCGGACCAGCUUCUGGGAGCGGAGCCACGGAGCCCUGGGUAGGUUCAGGCACCGGGCGAUGCCGAACGGUGGACGCGGGCAUUGGAACCGAGGCAGCCGGGCAGGUGUAGACAGCAGAGGUCUCCUGGGCCGGUACGGGCCCGGAGACGGUCACGGCAGCAAGAAGGACUCUCCGUCCAGAAAACAGAAGCUGCUGGGUCGGAACCAAGCAAGGAAACCGGCUCACAGUGUUUCCAAAGCAGAGAACAGUGUUGACGAGUCCUUCGAGGAUUUACUGUCCAAGUAUAAGCAGAUUCAGCUGGAGCUGGAGUGCAUCCGCAAAGAGGAGACAAUGGCUCUGGAGCCCAAAGAGUCGCCUGCCAAAGACCCAACUCGAGACAACACUGCCAGUAUUAUAGAGACCAAACCAGUACCAGAACCGACCCAGAGUCCAGAGGACACGUCUGAGCUGGAGACUGCCGAGAAGAAAGUGUUUCAGGCGUUCAACAUCAAACCUCUGCGGCAGAAACUUCCGACCACUGUCAACCUGGAUGAGCUGAAGAGGAAGUGGGUGGAGCAGGAAGGAGGAGGUGCUGCUCAGCAGGAGGGCGCAGUAGAAGAAGAAGGAACAGCUCAGGAUGGAGUGGACAUGGAGCAAAAAGCAGAUGAAGAGUCAGAGGAGACGAAGAAGACGUGUUCGGGCUGCGGAGAGGAGAUGACAAAGACGUGUUUGUGUCGAAGCGAGUCGUCGGCCUCCAGCGAGGACUCGGUCAUCUCUCCUGACAAGCCGGUGGUGAAGGUGGAGGAGGAGGAGCUGUCAGAGCUGCAGCUGCGUCUCCUCGCGCUGCAGUCGGCCAGUAAAAAGUGGCAGCAGAAGGAGCAGCAGGUGAUGAAGAAGAGCAAAGACCGCAUCACUAAAGUGGUUCAGGAGAAGAGCUCCACCUCCGCAGCUGCUCCACCCAGCAGGCAGCAGAGAGUCACCACCAGGUCCACCUCCUCAGCCGCCGCCGCUGCUGCAGCAGUGGACAAGAACAGGACCAGGUCCAGAGACAGAACCAAGACCGGGCCCAGACCUCAAGACAGGGACAGAGAAAGGCCCAAAACGAGUCCUAAAGCUGGGCCCAAAUCUGUGCUGGAGAGAGGCAGCGUGCCGGGAAAGCUUCACCUGGCCAAGAAGGUGAUCAGUCCAGGCUCGGCAGCGAAGCAGGCAUUCAGGAAGCAGCAACUGAGGACCUGGAAGCUGCAGCAGCAGAAGGAGCAGGAGGAGAAACGACGACAGGAAGAGGAGGAGCGGCGCAAACGGGAGGACGAGAUCCGCCGAAUCCGUGACCUGUCCAACCAGGACGAGCAGUACAACCGCUUCAUGAAGCUGGUGGGAGGGAGGACGAGAACACGCAGCAAAUCCAGAGACCGAGAACACAGGAAGUCUGCAGGUAAACAAGGUGUGGACGCCUCAGGCAACCUGUACCAGUACGACAACUAUGAUGAGGUCGCCAUGGACACGGACAGCGAGACCAGUUCACCAGUCCCGUCUCCGACACACACUCAGCUGACUGCAGACGAUCCAGGAUGUUUUCCUCAGGUGUCUCUGUUUGUGACCGACUCUCAUCACUUUGGAAUGGAUUUCUCUCCGCCCUUCCUCUCUCCCAUGCUGUCCGGUGUUCCUCCCCCACCUCCUCCUCUCCCCCCUCCACCAGACGAGCUGGAGCCUCCUCCUAAACCUCCGUUUGCUGAUGAGGAGGAGGAGGAGGAGAUGCUGCUCAGGGAGACGUGUCUGAUGUCGAUGGCCAACAAGAGAGUGACGGUGGUGGAGGAGAAGAGCUGCAGUGCUCCUCCGUCUCCCAGCUGUCAGCCUCCUGCUGACGUACAGCAGCCAACCAGAGGAAACCUGAGCACCGUCAGUCUCAACACAGUGUCUCAGUCCAGAACCAACAAGUUCUCCAGAGGACAUCACGCCCCCAGAGCUCCACUGGUGCUGCCCAGACACAAGUCAGUAGUGGUUUCUCUGAACGACUCAGACGACAGUGAUUCGGACAUUGACGCUUGCAGUUCCACUCAGACGGCGUUUGGAGGACUCGAGUUCAUGAUCAAAGAGGCACGGAGGACAGUGGAGGCAGCAAAGCCUAAAGCGGCAUCAGGAUCUGAGAAGGAGAACAAUCCGGUCAGAACUCCAGAAGCUUUACCUGAAGCCAAGAAGGCUGAGUACCGUCUACUCAAAGAAGAGAUCGCCAGCAGAGAGAAGCAGAAGAUGUUGAAGGAUCGCAGCUCGGCUUUAUCUGUUGCCUCCGACCCCUCAGGAAGAUCUGCUGCAGAGACCCGACUGUGUGAGGUGGAGCACAGACUCAAUAAGCACAGGGAGCUGCUGCAGAGGGAUGAGGCUGUCCUCAGACACCUGCUGCAGCAGGAGCUGAAGAAGAGAGAGUCUCUAAAGGCUGCUGAGGGGAAAGUGGCCAAAUUGAGAGAGCAGCUGCAGGCCAGCGAGAAGAUCGUUGGCGCCAACAGGACGCUGCUAAAGAAGCUGCAGGAGCAGGUGCACCGCGUGGAACAUCGAGUAUCCAUAAAGAAGAGUCAGGCUGCGAGGCUGGAGCAGGAGCUGACUCAGGCUCAGCUGACAGCCGGCAGACGAUCCAAACGACAAACUGAGUCCAACCAGACUCUGCCCAGUAAGUUGCAGCGUGUGGACGGCGCCCCCUGCGGGUCAGAGCGUCACUUUGCAGAGCUGAUGGCUCAGAAGCAGCGGCUCCAGCAGCUCGAGUCGGAGUACGCUCUCAAGAUCCAGAAGCUGAAGGAGGCUCAGGCCCUGCACAACAAAGGACUCCAAUCAGAACUGCUCGCUGAGCCGGCAGCACGCGCCUCCACCCCCCCGGACCCCCAUCUGCCACCUCCCCCCACCUCCUUCCCCCUGCCUCAGCCAUCCCUGCAUGACCUCACCCAGGACAAACUCACCCUGGACAGCGAAGACGUCCCAGAGGCUGAUGAUCACGAGUCGGAACCUGCAGCUACACCUGCACCUCCACCUGCUGCUGCUGCAGCCAAAGGAGCCCGUCGACACUCGUUCCGUCAGUCCAGCUGCUCUUUCACCAAACCAAACCUGGAGCAGCCGAGCUCCACAACAGCUAAAGACUGCAGCUCCACCAAACCUGACAAGACCUCCACCAGCUCCACCUCCAGCUCCUCCACUUCUAGCUCCACCUCUACCUCCAGAAUCCCUGUAGAGAUGUUUGCUGGGCUGGACGUAGAUGCUCUGAAGCUGCAGUACCAGCAGCAGGCACGGCUGGGAGAAGUGUUGCAGAUGGAGCUGCACAGACUCGGAGGACAUGUGGACAACCCUCCACCUGGACAGGUGGUUUCACUGGAGCUUGACACAACCAGCCAAUCAGGGAGCUCUGAGCUGAAGCCGGUUCCGUUUGGCUCAUAUCACAGCCCUCUGCUGGUCUUCAGGUCAUACAGGUUCAGUCCGUACUGCAGAACCAAACAGAACAAUGUGUGUGCUCUCAGGUUCAGUCCGUACUACAGAACCAAGGAGAAGCUGUCACUCAGCUCUGUCACAUACAGCAACACCAUCGAGCCCACCAAGUGUUUCUGCCGCUUCGACCUGACCGGGACCUGCAACGACGACCACUGCAGAUGGCAGCACAUGAGGAACUGCACUCUGACAGGAAACCAGCUGUUCCAGGACAUCCUGUCCUACAGCCUGCCUCUGAUUGGCUGUUCAGAGAGCAGCUCAGACGAUGACGUCAGUGUUGCCACAGAAAAAUACAUGAAGAAGCUGUUCGGCACAAACAAAGACCGGAUGGGAGUCGACCAGAAGGCCGUCCUGCUCGUCAGCAAGGUCAACGAGAGCAAACGACACGUCCCUCCGUACACCACCUGUAAGGACCUGAGGAAGUGGAGGCCGAAGCCUUCUCAGAGCAGCUCGACUCCCGAGGACGACAGUGAGGACGACACCGCGGCUGGAAACAUGGCGUCUGGGCGACACGACAGCGGCUCCAGGACCAGCCUGUCUGCUCUGGAUCUCUGUGUCACAUCAGAGGACAAACGCUAUUUUAUCAGUGAGACGGACGACAUAUCAAACCUGGAGAUGAGCGUCCUGGAGAGUCCUGGAAACACUCAGCUGUGGAUCAAAUUAGCCUUCAAAUACCUGAAUCAGAACGAGACUUCUGCAGCUGAGUGUCUGGAAGCCGCCUUGAACACGUUGUCUCGAGCUCUGGAGACAAAUUGUGAUAACCCGGAGGUGUGGAGCCACUACCUGUCUCUGUUCUCCAGACGAGGCAGCAGGGAGGAGGUCCAGGAGAUGUGCGAGAUGGCUGUGGAGCAUGCGCCAGACUACAAAGUGUGGUGGAACUAUUUGAACCUGGAGAGCUCGUUCGAGGGGAAGGAUUACGUGUGUGAUCGUCUGCUGCAGUUUCUCCUCACUGAGACGUCUUCUGGAGUCUCAGACAAAUUGUCCUUCCAGCUGAUGGAGGCUCUUCUGUACAGAGUCCACCUGAACCUGUUCACAGGGCGCAUGGAGAGCGCGCUGGCUAUUCUUCAGAACGCCUUGAAAUCGGCCCAUGACAGGAGUAUAGCGGAGCACCUGACAGCUAGUGACCGGGCGCUGCUCUGGCUCUGUUACAUCCACCUGACGGAGUUCGACCGGCUGCCGUCUGUUCUGUACGACCCGGCAGAGUCCGGUCCGUCCAGACUGGUGAGCAGGAAGUCUUUCCUGCUGCCCUGGAGGAGCCGGCAGGAUGUCAGCACGCCACCUGACAUCCUCAUCGCCCUGUUCCAAGAUGCCGUCCAUCAGUGCAGUAAUGAGUCUAUGUCUCAGCGUGAGAGGACGCUGGCCUGUCUGUCCCUUCACACCAACUUCAUCCUCCUCCACACGCUGCUGGACAGGUUUGAUGAAGGCGUUGUCCUCUGCGAGUCUCUGCUGCAGUUCUGUCCUGAGUCCUGCACUCUGAGAGACGCUCUGGCUGAGCUCCACAUCCGGAGAGGAGACGCAGAUCAGGCGGUCAGAAUGUGGCUCCACGCUCUGGUCGAGUGUCCCAACAAUGCCGAGGUCUUCUAUCACUCCUGCAAGUUUCUCAUGAAGCAGGAGAAGUCGAGCGCCAUCGUUCCUCUGUUCAGAGGAUUCAUCUUGAGUCUCUGUGAGGACCAGCAGUGUCACAAGAGACCUGUGGACGUCCUCAGACACAUCCUUGGUUUUCCCACUGAGGAGCUGCUGAGAGGUCCAAUCAUCAGAGAGCUUCAGGAGCAGCUCAGCCAGCAGCUGCCAUACCUCCACCUCAUCCACUGUCGCUGGCAGUGGCUGCACGGCUCUGUAGACGACACUGUGGACGCCUUUGAGAGAGCGCUGGGAUCCAACAUGCAGCAGGAAGAGCUCCACAGACUGUGGAUGGAUUACCUGCUGUUCAGCAGUAGUCAACAGGCCCGCGGUCUGCCCAACACUCAGUCCAAACUGUUCUCAGAUCUGGUCCAACGUUGUCUGAGCACUGUCCCAUCUCGAUUGGAGGUUCCCUUCAACUCAGCAGAGUUCUGGAGCUGCUACACCUUCCACAACAAGGUGGUGACUUUUUACCUCAGCUGUCUGCCGCAGUCCCAGCAUGCACUGGUGCUGGAGAGACUGAGAUACGCCAUGCCCAACAACACAGAGCUGGGUCUGAGGUUGCUGCAUCAGGAGUGGCAGGACGGAAACAUGGAGCAGCUGAAGUUCCAGGCGAGGAUGUUGAACAGUAACUUUCCAAAGUGUUUGGCCAACUGGAACAUAGCGAUUGCUGUGGAGGAGGAGCUGAAGGAGCGAUCAGAGGUGCGACUUCUCUAUCAGCAGGCCCUCCAUCACCUCCCACUGUGUGCUGCCCUGUGGAAACAUCGGCUGCUGUUUGAGGCAGCAGAAGGAGGACAGACGGACAGACUGACGAGGCUGGUGGACAGAUGUCGGCAGGUGGGCGUGAGUCUCAGUGAGUGAUCAGACAGAAGACCAGUGAGGGACGCCGUCAGCUGCUCAAUAAACUCAAAUCAAUGAAUCAGUCGAUCGAUCAGCUGUAGUGACUGAGUGAGAUCAGACAGAUGAGACGAGGUAAGACAGACGUCCCCCUCCUCCCCUCACCUCCCUGCUUCACUUAACUCAUCACGUACGUAAGUAUCGAGCUGCUACUGCUGCUGACGCUCAGUGUUCCUUUGAUUCAUGUCCUCCUUUUUGUUUCUGUCACUUUAUUUUGGUUCCAUUUCCUUCCUGUUUGUUUUACUUCCCUGAGGGGGGGAGGGGUGUGUGGGACGGACGUGACAUCACUGUGGUGUUUGACCCCGUGUCUUUUAAAGGAUGUCUUUUCUUUGCCUCCGGUGGAACAACAAGACUUUACUUUUGUAAAAGUGAUCAAAGAGAAACUUUUUUUGAAUAUUGAUCGGGUCUGAAUGUGAGCGAGAGAGAGUGAGAGACUGAUCCUCGUCCGUCCGGACUCGUCGGACUUGCGACCCGCUCUCAUGUGCAAUCUGUCCUUUUUCUUUUUGUCAACAUGAUUAAAGAGUAUUGGAGAGGA